AGUGACGAAAUAUCUUUUACCCGUUUGCCCCACCUUCAGAUUUCGUCUCCACCUUCCCCAUGCUUAUCAUGUGCCCUUUCAUCAAUCAACUACUUCUCUCUCUCUCUCUCUCUCACACACUAUAAUUCCAACAACCUCAACUUCCCCCCUUCAACAUUUCUCCAGUUCUCUUCACUCUCACUUUGUGAACCUCCUUUUCUUUUUCUUUUUUUAAAACAUUUUAAUUUGUUAAGAUGCUGUUGCCGUGUGACUACUGCGAUUCGAAAAGCGCGGUUCUGUUCUGCAAAGCUGACUCGGCGAAGCUCUGUUUGGUGUGUGACCAGCACGUUCACUCUGCAAACGCGCUUUCCCUUAAGCACCUCCGUUACCAGAUUUGCGACACGUGUAAAUCCGACACCGCCGCCGUUCGUUGCUCCACCGACAACCUCGUUCUCUGCAGCCGCUGCGACUGGGACGUCCACUCCUCGGUCGCGCUGCCGCUCCACCACCACGACCGCCACCCCGUCGAGGCACUCUCCGGCUGCCCUUCCGUUCUCGAGAUUGCGUCCUCGCUGGGCUUCGAUCUCAGGCCCAACGAAUCGGCCCAUGAGCUCGAUGUCCCUGUGGUCCCCACCGUUUCGUUAUCAAAGGGUCAGAGUUUGUAUUGCGGGAAAUAUAGGGAUGAGGUGUACGAGCAGGUUGUGGAAAUCGCAAGGAAAAGGAACCUCAAUGUGCAGGGUGCUGUAGAGAGUGAUGAAUUCAAAUUCAAUAAUAAUAAUAAUAAUAAUAAUUAUGGGAAGGAAAAUGAUGUUGAUGAGUUGUUGCUGCAUCAAACACCGUUUAGGUCUUUGCUCAUGUUGCCAUCUGAAUCUGAUGUUGACACGAAGAAAAACAACGAUUACGGAACCGAAGCAGGGGAUCUUCUCUGGAAUUGUUGUAAUCCCGCAUAUCAGGCUCCUCAGGUUUGGGAUUUUCAAUUGCAGAAAUCAAGAGAUUGUGGUGAACCAAGAACGGUGACAUUUGAUGGCAGAGAAGAAGCUUCUUCCCUAUUGAUUCCAAAAACAUUGCAAGAUGUGCAAAAUAUGAAUUGCUCAACGAUUGGUGAUGAUAUACUAUCAAGAAAUAAUCAAUCGGAUCAGUCAUCAUCAAGCCAUGUGAAGGAGAAAGAGGAAAGCAACAAGAAAGCAAGAGGUGGAUUAUCGUCAGAGUCCAAAUUGACUGAAUCCAUAACAUACAGUGGCACCAACAAGGUCGCAACAGUGGAGCAUUUUGUGAGUGGGAGUGAAAAUGUUAGCUUCAUAAAAGCCAAGGUUAACUUGGAAGAGCUAGCAAAGAAUAGAGGGGAUGCCAUGUUACGCUACAAGGAGAAGAAGAAAACUCGAAGGUACGAUAAGCACAUUCGGUAUGAAUCAAGGAAGGCUAGGGCUGAUACGAGAAAGCGGGUGAGAGGGCGAUUUGUAAAGGCAAGUGAUACAACUGAUGUUCCAGCAUGAUAUGAGUUCCUUUUCAGAAAUCUCAUCUCAGUUCUUUGCCCUUGUGUGUGUAUACAUAAGUUACACUAUCCGAGAAAUAUUGAUAUAUUCUAGUUUUGAAGAGGAGCUC